AUGCCAGGGCUUGGAAAAUCUACUUUGGCUCACGGAGUGUAUAAUGAUAAGUCUGUUGUUGGUCAUUUCGACGUUCGUGCUUGGUGCACAGUCGACCAGGAACGUAAUGAGGAAAAGUUGUUGCAGAAAAUCUUCAAUGAAGUUAGUGGUUUGAAAGAAAGAGUCAGUACGGUUGACAUAGACGAUGACGUUGCUAAUAAGCUACGGAGACAACUGUUUGGAAAGAGGUACCUUAUUUUCUUGGAUGACUUGUGGGAUACUGCAACAUGGGAUGAGUUAACAAGGCCAUUAUAUACCAUCUCAUCUGAAUUUCAGAAAGGAAGCAGAGUUAUUUUAACAAGUCGAAAAAAGGAAGUGGUUUUGUAUGGAAAAUGCCACAGUGAUCCUCUUUAUCUUCGAUUGCUAAGACCAGAAGAAAGUUGGGAGUUGUUAGAGAAAAAGGUAUUUGGAGAAGAACAUUGCGCUGAUGAACUAAAGGAUGUUGGAGAAAAAAUAGCCCAAAAGUGUGAAGGGCUUCCUUUGGAUGAAGAGGAAGUGAUGAAGGUUAUACAAUUAAGUUAUGACCAUUUGUCAGAUCAACUAAAGCUGUGCUUUCUGUACCUUGAAAGUUAUCCAAAGGACGAAGUUAUUUGGAUCUCUUCGUUGAAAGAUUUAUGGAGUGAUGAAGGACUUGUGGAACCAAUUGAUUUGAAGAGUGUGGAAGAAGUAACGGAGGUUUAUGUGGAUGAGUUAAUUUCUAGUAGCUUGGUAAUAGUGGAAGAUGGUAGCGAACAGAGUUGCCAAAUUCAUGAUCUUGUGCAUGAUUUUUGUUCGAUAAAAGCUAGAAAGGAAAAAUUGUUUGAUUUGACGAGCUCAUUUGUUCUGUCUUCAUCCUCUUCUUCAGAUCUGAUGCUGCGUCGACGGACCAUUAUUUAUGAUGAGGACAUUCAUUCAGAUAAUAUUUCUUUGUUGUUCAAUCCAGAAAAGAAUCCUUGUGCUAAACACCUCCUCUCUUGUGACCUGAGCCUUCUUCCCUCCAAAGUUCUUCCCCACAUCUGUCACCUAAGACACCUGAGGCUUCUUAUAAGGUUGGAUGUGCAGAGUAUAAUGUUGCCAGAUACUUUGCUGAAUGAAAUAGGCAUGCUUGUUCAUUUGAGGUGCUUAAAUAUUUCGAUGAAGGCAAAAGCUCUCCCUCCAUCAUUUUCAAAGCUGUGCAAUCUAGAAACUCUGAAGGUGUUUAACUAUGGAUCGAACCUGGUAUUAUCACCUAGUAUCUGGAGUCUUUCAAAGCUACGACAUGUGGACACCGAAGGUACUUGUUCUGUCUAUGAUUCAGAUAUUGACAAACCAACAAAGUUAGAGAAUCUGACUACAUUAAAGUUUCUGAAGCUUUCCUGUUUGGUAGACUCGGGGGAUAUUUUCAAAAGAUUUCCCAAUCUUCGAACCCUUGAUUUCCACAAUGAUUGUUCAGCAGCAGAGCAGAUAUAUUUUCCAAGAUUGGAUGUCCUUAAUACACUUGAAAAAGUUAGUGCGAAAUUAUGGUGCAGUGGGAGUCGAACACAUGUACUUCAGUUUGAUUUUCACUUCCCUUCGAGCCUGAAAGAAGUUAUAUUGGAAGGGUUCGAUCUGACAUCAGAUGAACUGUAA